GUCUGCCUAAAUUCCAAGACUUGGAGGAGAAGAGUUGUAGCCUACCAAAGCCGGAAGAAUGCAGAUCUUCGUCAAAACCCUAACCGGCAAAACCAUCACGCUCGAGGUUGAAUCCAGCGACACCAUUGACAAUGUCAAGGCCAAGAUUCAGGACAAAGAAGGAAUCCCUCCGGAUCAGCAGCGUCUGAUUUUCGCCGGAAAGCAGCUUGAAGAUGGCCGGACCCUUGCUGAUUAUAACAUUCAGAAAGAGUCGACUCUCCAUUUGGUUCUGAGGCUUAGGGGUGGUAUCAUUGAGCCCUCACUCAUGGCAUUGGCUAGGAAAUACAAUCAGGACAAGAUGAUUUGCCGCAAGUGUUAUGCCCGCCUGCACCCUCGUGCUGUCAACUGCAGGAAGAAGAAGUGUGGACACAGCAACCAGUUGAGGCCAAAGAAGAAGAUCAAGUAGACUGCUGGCUGGAUAAUUGCUUGGCUUUGCCCUUUUUGUCUUUGUUUUAGAUUCUUGCCAAUGAGACACAUAAUGUGGGUGUUUUGCUGAUUGACAUUAAUAUUGAUGAAGCUUUACCCUUUCAGUUUUGCAACCAGAUAUUGCUGAAAUGAAUUUGGAUUUAAUUUACCCAAAA